AUGAUCGAGUUCAACACCGCCGGCGAAGAGCUUUGGUGGGAUCUGCCAAUUCUCUGGAUUAUAUUGGCAGGUUGUCUGUACGAGACUUUUAGGGUCGUUGACCACACACCUGAUGAUGAGCAGGAAGAUCAACCUCAGCUGGCUAUGAUGCGGUUGGCAAUCAACAUGCAAGAGCAGACGAUGAGCCACAUCUUGGAUCUGCUGACGCAUGUGACUUUAUUGACGAACUCCUUCAAAAGGUUGGGCGACGAGUUCCACCGAUACGCAGCUGCAAACUCGACGUUCAAGGAGGUUACGAAGGAAAUUGAACGCCUGAAGGAUAAUCUCGCAAAGACGCAAGCUCAAUUGGAAGCCUCGACUGAGUCUCUGCAGGAGGAGCGUCGCAUGCGCGAGCAGAAUGAAGAAUUCCUCAAAACGCAGACGAAAGAGUACUCGAUCCUGCAGUCGCUAGUCGGCAGCUUGGAGAAUGAAGUCAGGAUUCAGAGUGAGGCAAUUGAGACGUUGUCGCAGCAUCACAAGGACGGUCAAGACCGAGAAACUCAUACACUUACCAAUAUCUUGGGCGUGCUUCGAGAGCAGGCGCAACGCGAGCAUAAAGUCUCUUACCAUCAUCAGGAGGAGGUUCCGUUCAAAAGCUGCGAUAUGAAAGAAAUCCAAGCUUUCAAAAAUGAGCUGGCCAACACUCGGAAGCAGCUCAAGGAAGUCGAGGUGUCGCUGAAAGAAGAACGGCGUUUACAGGAGCAGAUUGACGAGAUGUUGAGGAUAACCGAAGAACGAAUGCAAGCCCAAUUUGAAUUGGUGCAGAAGAUGAUCAUGAUGCAGAAUCAAGAUGACGGGACCGUACGGUUGGGGAACCAACGUUCGGAGGAGGAAGAGUACACGGAAUUGCAAUCAGGGUCGAAGGAGCAACAGUUUGCGGAGUUGCAGUCAGACUCGGAGGGCCUACAGUUUGCGGAGCCAAAAUUGGAAGAAGAAGAACCGCUUUUGGAGGAAAUGGAAUACGAAGAGCCACAAGACGACGACGCCCAAUACGAGGGUCAACAAGAUGAGGACCGUCAAUACGAGGAACUCCUAAACGGGGAACCUCAGUACGAGGAAUCCCAGUACGAGGAACUCCAGAACGAGGAACUUCGAUACGAGGAAGUCCAAUACGAGGAACCGCAGUUAGAGGCACAGGAAAUACAGCUGGAAGAACCGCAGCCAGCGGAAGAACAGCCAGAUGAGCCUCAGUAUGCGCACGAACAGUCAGAUGAGCCUCAGUGUGGAAAAGAACAGUGGAAUGAAGCAGAGCCGGAGGAGGGUCAGGCUGAGGAGCAGUUUGCGGCUUACCGUGACGAGGAGGAAACUGAGGAACAUGUGGCCGGGCGGGUUCGAGAGAGCAUGCAAAACGUGGCAGAUAUGAUGGCAGAAGAAGAACCAGCAAAGGCAGCUGCAAGGCACUACGCAACUCCCGGCCUAAUUCCCAGCGCGUCGUGGAAGAGCCUUCAGAAGGGGGUGGCUCCAGAAGUCGACGAUGAAAACGAUAACAACGAGGAAGAGGAGGUUGAGUACACGCCGACGACGGAAUAUACUUGA